AUGGGCGUCGCCUCGGCACUCAUCAUUGUCGUGAUUACGAUUCUAUUCCCUCCCGCGGGAGUCUGGGCAGUCGCAGGAUGUGGCAUGGACUUGUUUAUCAACAUCUGUCUGACCCUUCUCGGAUACAUCCCGGGCCACCUGCACGCCUUUUACCUCGAGUACAUCUACUUUGAUCGCCGGGAGCAGGCACACGAGGGCCGCUACCCUGCCAGGCCGGCGCCAGGUGUGUACUCGGACAACGUGCAGACCGGCGGCCAGGGCUAUGGCACCAUUGUGCACCAAACAUAG